UCCUCUUCAUCAUGAUCUGCUGGGAAUACUGGUUCAGCGGCACUUGCUCCAGGGGCAACCAGUGCAUGCUUUUACACUAUCUAGGAUUCUGCAAUAUCUGCAAUGUCGGCUUCGUGGAUGAAACCUCUCAUCACGCCCAUCUCCGUGGGGAGAGGCACCAGGCGCAACUAUUCUACUUUGUAACUGCCUUGUCUGCGCUUCAUAUGCAAAGCUGGCAAUGCCAUCAGAUGUUCAAUCCUCGCAUCGAGAAUGCCAGAAAUAACGUAGAAUCCCAAGCAGCUAAUACGAGAUAUUGCCACACUUGCAACACCAAUGUUCUUGAUGAUAGAUGGGCUGAUCACCUUGCGUGGCAUCGACAUCGCGCUUCGCAGGUGUUCCGCCACGCAAGAGGCGUGUUCCAAGGUACAUCGCAGAAUCAAUGCUACGUUAAAGUAUCCAGGAAAAAGAGUGGCAUCAACUUUGGUACCGUCAGACCCACCGGUGGUUCGGUUAGCACUACUGUUAAAAUCAGCCUUACCUCACCUGAGAAUAUCUUCCUCUUGGAUGCCUGUUUGUUGUCAUCCUUUCGUGGAGGAAUAUUUUCGCAUUUUUCCACGUUCUCCGUCGUGCCGUGGCGUGGUAGGCUGACGACACAAGAAGCUCAACGCAUAAUUGUGUCCUUUGAUCCAAAUGGCUUAUUCGGAAAAUUUACUGAUCGCCUCCAGUUAUCAUUCCUUGACGGAGGUCUCGGUCAAACCUUCACAAUUUCGCGAGACUUGGUUGCUAUAUCCGGAAACGAAGGCGAGCUAAAAGCUUUGGCACCUAUUGCCCCAUACGUUCGUUGGAAACGGAAAAUUAGGAGGGAUCCGGAGGUUUUCGUUGAUGGGGUCAAGUAUGACUUCAAAUCGCACGUCCGGUGGGCCGUCAAACUCCCUGAAUUCAAGGUCCCCGAGCCCAUCUACCAGGCUCUCGCUGUUAGAAGCCUGGAGGAUCAAGUAAGCCGGGUGGGUGCCCUCCUGCCUGACGCAUGGAAUUCACAGACCUACACGGCGUUCUGGAGUGUUCUGCUCCAUGUGGAGGAAGUUAGAAUGACACAAGACCUUGCAAUCUACGACAUGGAGAAAGAGCCUCUGUCUGAAGAACAUCCCUACUACCGACUGACAGUGCCUGGUCUUGCGGAAAAGAGACCUUCCAUUAGUCUUGGGGACAAGAUUGGGGUCAGGAAGCAUGGCGGCGCAAACAAAUGGUUUAUUGGUUACGUUCAUAAAAUAGAGCAGACGUCUGUGCUGCUCCGAUUUAAUCCUAAAUUUGAGAGCUACAAGGGUCAGUUCCACGAUGUGCGCUUUCUACUUUCCCGCACGUCGCUCCGGCGCAUGCAUCAUGCUCUGUCUGUGGAGCGCGGCCUUGAAAGGCUUCUGUACCCGAGGGAAGAACACACGGCGUCGCUGAGUCGGCCUACCGAACUUGACAUAUCGCGUCUCAGCUUUUUCAACAGGCUCCUGAAGGAAAAUUUCCCUCAGAAACUUGCUGUAACGAGCAUUUUGAGGCAGCCCUCUGGCUCUGUUCCAUUUAUUGUCUAUGGACCCCCUGGAACAGGGAAAACCGUAGUAGUCGUGGAAGCUAUCCGACAAAUCCUUCACCAGGAUCCUGGGGCUCGGCUCCUCGUCUGCGCGCCGAGCAACUCUGCGGCGGACUUGCUAGCAGACCGUCUGCGCCAGCAAGGCUCAGCUGCUUCAGACAUGCUCCGCCUCAAUGCACCUACACGACGCGUCAGUACCCUAUCGCAGACUCUGAGGAGUUUUUCUCGAAUUGGAGACGAUGCCUUCCUUGUUCCGUCUCUCGGGGAGAUGUCGAGGUUCCGUGUCGUUGUUUCAACAUGUUCCUCCGCUUCAUUGGUUUAUGCAAUCGGUGUUCCUCGUGGCCAUUUCAGUCAUAUAUUUGUUGACGAGGCAGGACAAGCCCUUGAGCCCGAGGUAAUGAUCGCGAUUAGGACAUUGGCUGGGGACGAAACGAAUAUCAUUUUAUCCGGGGACCCCAAACAACUUGGACCCAUUGUACGUUCCGCAGUUGCAAGCAAGCUCGGUUCCGCAGUCAGUUACUUGGAUCGCCUCAUGAGGCAGGAUGUAUAUCAGCUGGAAUAUUGGGGAGGUAUCACUGUCGUGCACUUGACUCAGAACUUCAGGAACCAUGCCUCUAUUCUUCAGUAUCCGAACGAUAUGUUCUAUAAUGGCCGCCUUCAAGCCCGUGCCGAUCCCAUAGUAACCGAGAGUUUAGCCAGAUGGGAGAUGCUCGUUACGCCCGGAUUCCCUGUGAUAUUCCAUUCCAUAUCAGGGGAAGACAAUCGGGAAGCGACCUCUCCAUCUUUCCUCAAUCCUCAUGAAGUUCUUGUUGUCAGAGAUUAUAUCCAAGCCCUGCGAGAAAACUCGCGCCUGAAACUCACCGAUGAAGACAUUGGGGUUAUAACUCCCUACAAUGCCCAAGCCAGCAGGAUUCGGAGCGUAGUCAAUAGCACCAGGCUGAGGAGGAAUCGUCAGGGCACUAUCAAGGUUGGAUGUGUUGAAGAGUUUCAGGGUCAAGAACGUAGAGUGAUCAUCAUUUCCACUGUCCGAAGCAAUAGGAAUUUUGUUGACAUUAAUCACGCCAUUGGGUUCGUUGCCAACCCUCGUCGCUUCAACGUCGCCGUUACACGCGCACAGGCAUUGCUGAUUCUCGUAGGAGAUCCCACUGUCCUCUCGCUUGAUCUUAUCUGGCGUGGCUUCUUAAACUAUAUCCAUGCUUCAGGCGGGUGGCGAGGACUGCCAAGGGAUUGGUCCGAUGAUCAGGAUGAGGCUGGAGUGAGGGAUUUCUUGCGUGAGAGGAGGGACGAUGCGAGGGACGUGAUAGAUAAUCUUGCUGCGCAGGUUGAAGGGUUAGUUAUCGAGCAACUUCCAGAAGGUGAGCAUCAUGAGGAGGACCCGCUGGAAGCUACCGAUGAUAGGCCGUGGCGAGAGGUGUGAAGACGCAAGACGCAAUCUAUUCAUGUUCACUUGCAGCUGGCUCCUAUUUUCUCGAGCGUGCUUGGAAGGCACAUCGGCGGAACGGCUUUGCACUUCACUCGUAUCUCUUUGGGGCAUUUUUCGCUAGUAUAAUUUCUUGCAUCUUCACGGUCAAUCCAUUAUGCGCAUGAUGCAGGGUGGGGAUUCGUGCGAGGAAUAUCACAUUUGAGCAAGGGGGGCAUACCGAUGCUGCCGAUAAGCGUGUCGAAGGAAAGGCGGACUUGCAUGUCCGCAUGUACUGCCAAUUUCUGCUCUCUUCCUGGCUCACAAUUCAUCAACAGAAGCAAACCACCACUUCACCAUGGAAGCGCCGAUAGCUCCUUCACCCUUCGUAUCAUCCAAUUCCCCAAAGUCCCCUCGACCAAUAAACUGGGUCCCUGCCAGUAAUAGAGGGAGCCAAAACUUAUCAUCCGCCCACAU